GGCAAGGAAUGGAUUCCCAUCUCUUGCACUUUGGGCUACCUUGUCCCUUCCUUAUCCACUGAAGUGCGUCUAUAAAGUUCGUUCCACCAUUUUUGCAUCUCAAGAAUCAAACACAGAGCACGCUUGUGCUUCCAAUGGAGAAAUGUGUGGAUGGGGGCGACGAUUCGGCGAGGGCCGUCGGCAUGUGUGACCGAUUCCUGACGUUCCUGGCCAAGAACCUGUCGAUUAACAGGCAGAAGAACAUCGCCCAGGGGCCAAGAAAUGACGGCGAUCAUAAGAGCCAUGCAGAGGAUGAAGAGGACGAGUUUGCGGUGAAGAUCGAGAAGGCCGACUGCAAGUUCAACCGCGAGGAGGAAGAGCACAGGAGCCUCCCUGCAACCAUCCUAGAAGGGGGGAGUGCUGAUGCGAGAACAAGUGAUCAGCAUAAGGAGGCUGUGGCGGAAGCUAGUCGCAAGGUGGCGGCGACGGAAGCGAGCUUGGCGGCGGCGACGGAAACGAGCUCGGCGGCGGCGCCGGCAGUACAGGGGAAGAAGGUGAGGAAGUCGGUGACCAUAAAGGAGGAGCCCGCCGGCGACAAGGAGAAGGCGAAGAAGUCGCUGUCGAAGAAGCGGCAAGCGUCGUCAGUAAGCGGCGCUGGCGUUGAGGAGCCGGUCCCGAGGCCACCGCUGAGGUGGGGACUCCGGCCGAGGAUGCCGUCGGCGAACCUGAGGGUGCCGUCCAACAUCAAUGAGAAGUCAUCAAACUUCAUCGAGGCGCGCAGGAAGGGCUUCGGCGCCGGCGGAAAGCCGGAGAAAUGAGCUGCAGCUCCCACCAUGGCGUCAUUAUGUAUAAUAGUGUGUGCCUGUGUGUAUGUGUCCGAAGUACUGUAUUAAUGAUGAUCAGAAGAAUUUGUAACAAGUUUGUCAGAUUCACGGCAA